AUGGAUGACGCCGAAUGGGACACGGUAACCGUCCAAACAUGGUCUCUCCAUUUACCAGAGAUCCUGCAGCACCUCAGCAGCUGCAGCUUCGUGGCUCUUGACUUUGAGUUCUCUGGCAUUGCCGCACAAAGACCCUUUGACUCGGCUCGCCGUGUGGCUCCUCUCCAAGAGCGAUAUGCGGACAUCAAAGAAGCCGCCGAGAAAUUCCAGAUUCUGCAGGUAGGCCUGACGAUUGCCCAUGAAGACCCUGUGUCAGGAACAUACACACUCAAGCCGUACAACGUGCAUCUCAGCCCGCUGGUCGACCCGAUACUAGGAAUCGAUCGCAUAUUCAGCAUAUCAAGUGGCGCGAUUCAAUUUCUUCUGAAAACAAACUUCAGAAUAGAUACCCCAUUCACUCAAGGCGUGCGGUACUUGACGCAAAAGGAGGAAGAGCUGGCUAUCAAAGAGGCUUGCAAACACAGUAGCCAUUCUCGAAGCGAAACAGUUGUGCAGAUGAAACUUUCCAAAAAAGAGAAUGCGGAAUCUGUGGCCUUUCUUGCUGUGGUCCGAAAGGAUAUCGAUGAAUGGGUGGCUGGCGGCGAGAGAGCGGCGGAUUACUUGAAUGUUCCAUCUCGACAAUCCAAAAUGUUCAAGGGUAAGCCCACUGUGACAAGCUUGAAUCGGUUUCAGAAGCGGCUUGUGCAUCAGCUGGUCGAAACGGAAUAUCCUUUGCUUACGACAGUUGGGAGAAACGAUUUUGUAACGAUUACGCGAUACGACGAGAAGCGAGAAGAAGGAAUUCUUCAGCAAAAGACCCAGCGUGCUGAAAAGCGUCUGAUCGAGCAGAGAGGUUUCCGAUGGAUCAUUGAAGCGCUCACGGGAGGCGAUCUUUCUCAGCUAGAGGCAAAAAUAUUCGACCCUGUGGUUCUGGAUUGUGGAAAUCUUUCUAGGGAAACAGCUGUUAAGAACUUUGCAGAGAGUCUCAAGGCAAACCUUCAAAAGAACAGACCGCCUGUUGUCGGACACAACCUUUUCACCGAUGUCGUCUACAUGUGGCAGUGUUUCUUCGGCGAACUGCCGGAUCGUGUGGAAGACUUUGUCAAGCUGGUGCAUGCCAAGUUCCCUCUACUCAUUGACACAAAAUACAUGUUCACGCAUGACUGCGGCGACGUCAACCCUAUUGCGUCGCUGGGGAGUAUGGACGAAGCUCUCAAAGGCAUCACGGAUCCAGAGAUUGUGAUUGAUGCAAAGCACACUCGCUAUCGACGAGCACAGCAUCUGCAUGAAGCCGGAUACGACAGCUUUUUAACCGCAAAGAACUUUAUCAAACAAGCCAGCCAGCUGCCCCAGGCUCGACGUCGCACGACAGCAGAACCACAAAUUCCUAAGACCAAACCAACGCAUCAACCGAUAGUAGUAGAUGUUGUGAAAAAACCAGCAGCACCUUUGAAGGGCUUGUCUUUUGCCGAGCUGCAGUCAAAGUUUGCUCAUCAGAACCUAUUCGACACGCUCCCUGAAGACACGGACAGCCCCGACGAGUCAGAUGAAACGAGCGACGAUGAGGCGAAGUUGAUUCCACCCUUUUCUUCUCCUGUUUGGAAAGUCUACGGUAAUAAACUACGCGUGUUUGGGACAAGUGAGAGAGUGUGCGCAUUGGACGGCGAGACGUGA